GUCCUGGAUAUUCCGAUCUUCUGUGCCAAGAUGACCCGCUGUCGAGUGAUUUUGAUUCUCCUGCUCAUGUGUUUCUGUGGAAGUUCAAAGGCGCAGAACAUCAUCGCCGUGGCUGCUUCAGGAAACCACAACGUUGUCCAGGAACUUAUCAACUCCGGAGCCAAUGUUAAUCUCCAGGAUCCUCAGACAGGCACGACCCCUUUGAUCGAGGCGGCGAGCAACAACCACAGUGAGACGGUGAAGGUCCUGCUCGACGCAAGGGCUGAUGCGAAUCUCACCUUGACGUCAGGUCAAUCCCCCCUGUUCUUCGCGGCCAACAACGGGAACGCGAAGAUGGUGAUGGACUUGUUAAGUGGAGGGGCCGACGUCAACCUCACUGAUGUUACAGGAUCCUCAGCACUAAUGUAUGCAGUUGGCAAAAACCACAUGGAAGUCGUCAAAAUUCUGAUCAGUGCUGGCGCGUCUGUGAGCCACCAAAACGCCCAAGGAAACACGGCACUGAGUUGGGCUGUUGUUACAGGCAGCUCUUCCCUUGUACAGGCUCUUCUGAACGCCGGAGCGCGCACCGACCUCCGGAAUAUGGAGGGGACCUCGCCGCUGAUUUUGGCAGCUGACAAGAACCACACGGCUGUUGUGAAGACUUUGCUCGCAGCGGGAGCGGAGGCCAAUGCUAGGAGUGAAAGACAAGGACUGUCGGCUCUGUACUGGGCUGCAAACAACGGCAAUGCAAUGAUGGUUCAGGAUCUCCUUGAUGCAGGCGCCAUGAUCGAUAUUCCGACAGAUGCGGGCAACACUGCGCUGAUCCGGGCAUCCAUAGCCAACCACCCGGACCUGGUAACACUGCUUUUGACCAGGGGAGCCGAUGGCGACCACAGGAAUAGCCAAGGACACACGGCCCUAAUUCGAGCCUUGAUUGAAAAUAAUAAGGAGGUGAUGAAAAUCCUGUUGGGAGCUGGCGUGUCGGUGAACUUGCAAGAUAAUGAAGGACACACCGCACUGCACUGGGCGACCAUGACGAGAAAUGCAAUAAUUGUGCAAGAACUGUUAAAUGCCGGAGCUUCCUUGAAUAUCACCGAUAUUUAUGGCAACACGGCUCUCAUCCUGGCUGUCACCGCCAACGACAUGCAAUUGAGCAGAAUUCUCCUUGACGGUGGAGAGAUGAUCGACCACCAGAACCACGUAGGAAACUCGGCCCUUAUGCUAGCUGUGGAUAAGGGCCAUUCUCAGAUCAUGAAAUUCCUGCUUGAGCGAGGGGCGGACGUCAACCUUCAGAAUCAAAAGGGAGACACAGCCUUGUCCGUGGCCGCGGCUCUGGACAACUCGAUCGCUGCGCAGGACUUGAUCAAAGCAGGCGCCGCGUUGGACAUUCCGAACAAAGCUGGAAACACCCCCCUCAUGAUGGCAGCUGCGUUGAACCACGUGCAGACUGUGAGGAUUUUAGUCGGAGCGAAAGCAAUGAUCAACUUCCAGAAUAACGAAGGUGAGACUGCCCUGAUUCUCGCGACCUUCCGCGGGUCUUCCCUCGUGGUGCGGGACCUGAUCGCCGCCGGAGCGCAGGUUGAUCUGGCCACGAACGACGGAAUCACCCCCCUUAUUCUGGCAUCUGACAUGAAUCACCCACAAGUAGUCAGGAUGUUGCUGGAGGGGGGGGCGAAGGUCGACCAGCAGAAUGUAGCAGGAUCGACUCCCCUCAUCUCGGCAGCGCGCAAAAACCACGGGGACAUUGUGAAGGUUCUACUCGACUACCAGGCAGAUGUGAACAGACAGACGCGCAAAUUUGGACACUCGGCUCUCAUCAUGGCAGCUUUCCACGGCAACCUCGGCAUCACCCAAGACCUGCUGGCGAAAGGCGCGCAGGUUGAUCUCCCGAACAAGGCCGGGAAUACGCCUCUUAUUCAGGCAGCGAAGGAGAAUCAUCUAGAAGUUGUGAAAUAUUUGCUCGGCCGAAGCGCCGCCGUCGACCACCAAAAUAAUGAAGGCACAACCGCCCUCAUCUGGACCGCAAACAGAAACCACACCGAAAUAGUCAGCUAUCUGCUUGAGGCUGGCGCUGACCCUAAUAUUCAGAAUUUGAGUGAAGGAGACACGGCGCUCGACUGGGCCGCCUUCUUGGGGAACACGAUCAUGGUUCAGGAUCUGCUGACGGCUGGAGCUGCGGCCAAUGUGACUGAUCUCGCUGGGAACACGCCGCUUGUGCAGGCAGCUCAAGGAAAUCGACCUGGCGUGGUGAAAAUAUUGCUAGCACUUGGAGUCGAUGUAGACCACCAGAAUAACGACGGGAAUUCUGCUCUAGCCUGGGCAGCCUUCAACGGAAAUUCUGUUAUAAUAGAGGAUCUGCUGAACGCCGGAGCGAGAAUCAGCAUCACAAAUAAUCAUGGCAACACGCCGCUGGUCCUCGCCUCGAGAAUGAAGCAUCGUGACAUCGUUAAACUUCUGCUCGAUCGGGGAGCCACAGUGGACGAGCAGGAUAAUCUUGGUAAAAACUGCAACACGGUCGGAACGCCGGUCGGCACGUGCGUCUCAUCAGCUGAUUGCACACGUCUGAACACGCUACUGCCAGCUGAGAGUGUAAACAACAGCACGACCAGAACGGCGAAUCUGCUCGUGAAUUUUGCCUGCGGCAGCGUGGAUGGUGUUAUCCAGGUGUGCUGUCCACGAGAGUAAAGUCCCCCAUGUAAUCCUACUGAUGCCAUAUUUCCAUUAGAUUGGAUGAAAUGAGACAAUAUAACAGACUAUUUUUCGGUGGCUUUUAAGAUGUACAGUGAUCUGGCAUUAACGAUGUUGUUAAUGUUCUUGUGAUUAUCAGUGGUUUUUUUGUGUGUGAAAAGAGAGAGAAUAUGUAUUUUUGAUUUUAAGAUUUUAAAAAAGGUGAUUGAUA